UUCGCGCUUUGUGUCAUCUACGCUGACGUUCGUCCCUGUAUGUGGUCGCGCGAGCGAACGCAGGAAAGGACGGUGCUAAGUGACGGUCAAUUGGAGAUUGCAGUUCAAGCGUCACCGUGAAGUAGCCGUGGCCAUGAGGUCGUGCCUGCGUGACGGCUGCACGUACUGCUAUCACGACCGCACCACCACCACCACCGCGACAUCACUCGUCGCGUCGUCACCGAACUGCCACCGCUAGAUACCUGUGUUUUAACCCCUGCGAGGUGGACUCUCGCGAACGGCCAUUUCCAAUGAAGAUGCCUUUCCAGGGCCUCGCGGGUACGAACUUCACGUACUUCUCUUUGCAGAAGGAGACGCCGUCGGCGCAACUGCUGCAUUUGGCAGCCCUCCAGGGAAACUUGCCGCUCCUCGUGAGCGUGCUCGACAGCGGCAAAGUGUACGUGGACUGCAAGGAUCAGGAAGGAACGACAGCCUUGAUUAUAGCGUGCGCAAACAACAACUAUGACUGUGCCAAAGAACUGCUCGAGCAAGGCGCGAAUCCAGCAGCCAAGCGAGUUACUGGAACGACCGCUUUGUUCUUUGCGGCACAAGGGGGCUACUUGGACAUUGCCAGGUUGCUCCUCGAACACAAUGCCCCGGUAGAUGCGGCUAGCGUGGAUGGUGGCACGCCGCUGCUAGUUGCCUGUCAGUGCAACCACCUCGACGUCGUCGAAGAGCUAGUCAAAGCCGGAGCAAGUAUACACACGCAAAUGUCGGACCGUGCCACGCCCCUUUUUGUUGCUGCUCAAAAUGGACAUUUGGAUCUCGUUUCUCAUCUCAUCGCCCUCAACGCGGAUAUCAACAUCAAGAGAACGGAUGGUGCCACCGCGUUGUGGAUCGCAUCCCAAAUGGGUCACACGGCAGUCGUUGCUGAACUGCUUGCGCAUGGUGCUGAGGUCGACUCAACGCGGCAUGACGGCGCGACACCACUUUUCAAGGCUGCGCACAAAGGUUACGCGGGCCUCGUCGAGCUUCUCGUUAAGCGAGGUGCUUCGUUAGGCCUCCUGAGGAAUGGUGAAAGUGCCCUUCACGCUGCAGCGUUAUUUGACCACCUGAGUGUGAUCAAACUGCUCUUAGCUGCGGGAGCGGACCCACAGUUGAGAAAUCAGGAUGGAAUGACCCCGCUCGACCUCGCUCUUGAGGCUUCCAACAGCCAGAUCGUCGACUACCUGAGGCAGCACAUUGCGACGCGGCGCCUUCCGGACUCGAUGCGUGCCUCCUGACGAGGCGUUGCGCCCAGGCUGGAAUGAAAGACCCUCGCGAACUGUGCCACAGGAUUGUCUGUUUUGCCAUCUUGCUCAUCUUGCGUUGACCGUGGCAGCCCGCGAAAAGUGGGUUCCAUCGAUACGGUCACACUGCGUUACUUGUGCCAUUGUCACAAACAUACGUCUCCCCAUGGGAAAUCUUCAAGGCACUUCGAAGUCAGAGCUUUCCAGUGAAACCUGGUGCAGUCAGCUUGCUCCUGUUCGAGUGGGACAUUACGAAGGAGCCUUGAAGCGAGGUUUAUUGUUUGGCUGUACUUAAGGUUGCUUUUUCCACUAAACGGCAGACUGGAUUGCAGGCCGAUUGGUCACGUAAUGCGAAUGUGACACGCAGCCACCAUUCGGCUGGCAAAAAAAAUAGCGGAGAACAGUGUGCGUCUACAGAACUGUUCUUGUGUUGUGCAUGUCAAUAAUUUGAACCCAGGUACCGAGCAUGCAGUAUUUUGCAGUUAGUAGUAUUUCACGAUCGAAGUUCUUGCCUACACUGGUCACUAAGCUACACUGAAAUUAUUCCCAGGGGCUCUUUUUAUUGCUGGUUAUGUAUAUUAUGUACUGCUGUAUUCGUUAACUCUAGGCUUGUGCGAAUAGUAAAUUUUAGGUUUGAAGCGAAUACUAGUGAUUUGGUUGAAUAGUUUUGAAUCACAUUCGAGUAGUACAUAUCACAUAUUAUAAAGAAAAAUUAGCAUAUUUGUCAUGACCCAACUAACCUGCACAAUAUUUUUCUAAAAUUGAAACAUGGCAUGUGCAAAUAUAAUUCUUUUUCGGUUCAAAGGGAAGUGGAGGCAACUUUGAAUAUAGUACCAGCAUUUGACUUUCGUGUAGAUUGCAAGUGAUAACCUGUAAGAUAUGUUACAUUUUAAAAUUUAAUUUACUUAGAGCAUAUAAGCCAAUAUAAGUAGCUCUUAAACUUUAAAAGUGAUGAAUCGAUGUGAGAGUAAUUUGUUCAUUUAACUGCGAAGUGGGGCUUCGCGGCAGUGUGGAUUUGCCCUGGAAAGGUGUAUUCACGGUACAGCACCCCUGCACUGCAGUGAAACGACCUUUACAGGAGUUUGUAUAUGUCUAUUUGUUCAUUUCGAAUACUUCGAUAUUUAUAAUAAUGUAAAUUCGUUUCGAAGCAAAUUUGAAUACUGUAAUAUUCGUUCGAAUAUUUGAACUGCUUGAAUAUUUGCACAAGCCUAGUUAACUCAUAUGGCAAGCAACUUUUACUGUUGCAACAAAAACAAACAUGCAGCUGCCCCUGCUAUCAGAAGCGUGAUCGAGUAAAGGACAGCAAAAUGAAAUGUGCAUUCGUGCUUGCACCAGUUUUGCAAAAUUGGGGAGAAAUUCACGAAAUGUAGCAGGCUUUAAGUCGUCUUCAAUCACUGUCAUUGCUUUUAUGAAGUUUUAGUGAUGCAAAUAAUGGGCAAAUGGCUUUUCCUGGUAAAAUUCUAUAAAUGAUGUCAGCUUAUUUCAGUGGCACUGCCCCAAGAAUUUAUCCUAUUGACAAAGUUGGCAUGAUGUAUGUUAAAGGAAGCUGACACAAAAAUUCUGAAGUUAAGAUAACUUGAGUUAGAUUCGGCCUGGACAAGCGCACGCCAUCUACGAUAUAUCAACAGCAAAUAUAGCCUAGAACAUAAUUAAAAUCAACUUGAAAGUGUAUGCUGCACAACUGAGCACAUAACGGAGCAUCUUGCGACAUGGACGUCAACUUGAAUUUAGCAAUGUAAUAAACAAUGUUUGUCACUGUGCCCCUGCAUGUUGCAGUUGUCAAAACUGCGCACGCAUGGAUGCAUGGUUGCGUGUGGCGCACGCACCACUGUUUCAUGUAAAGGGACCAGCUGUGUUUAGCAAAAAACCUCCAUUGGCCCCGCAUUUCUCGGUGCUCUCUGAAGUCGAUACUUCGACUAGACACUACAGAAACUUAUCCAAAUACUAGUAGAACUCGCUGCUGGCAUAGUGUGUUAUGCAAGUAAUCUAUCAUUUCAGGCUUGAGCAAAUGAGGUUUUCAGCCUUGAGAAGUGGCUCAAUAGCUACUUGAUGCAACGGGAAAGAUAGGAUGCAAAAUGUUUGUGUCAGUGCUCCUUUGAAUACAGACACGAAUGGUAAUACCCAAAAGAUACUAAUAGCAUAAAGAAAAUUUUGAGCGAGUCAUUAUCAUAAUCACCCAAUUAAUUUUUGUUAAGCAUAUUCCAGUGCUGGUGUGUACAUGAUGUGGGCGAGACAGUCUCUUUGUUGAAUAGCAACUGCAUGUGAUGGAUUGUUUGGCACAGUACACUGAGCAGCAUUGCAGAACUUUUUUUUGGUUAGAAACUAUGUGCACUGUAAAAAUAGUGUGCAAAGAGUUCACUGCAAGAGUGCUGAUGUGUGUGUGUUUGUUCAACCAGUCAAAUUGAAGCAAGGCUUUGUUCCUCGAACACGUGUCACCGUCUGAGGACAGUUUUGUUCAGCGAGCUGCUUGCCUCAAAACACAGUUUUGUUCGAAGGGCUGCUCACUUCUAAUCGCUUGGCACGCUUUGUACAUUGUGUGUAAUCUUAUGUCACUCACAUUCUGUGGAAUAACGUUUGCACGCUUAUUUUAUUUGACAAGGCUGUGAAACUAUGCAGUUUUCUAUUUUUAAACUAUUGCUCUACAGCGAAUAUCUGGUUGACUCUCCUUGGAGCUCGCCGUGGCUGGCAUUAGACUAGGCACGCGAGUGUUACGCACCGCAAUGAAAUGGAAUCCACUGAAAAGAAAGAAACGGGGAAACUACUACAGGGGCACCUGAGCAGUUUUUGUGACCUGUAAAUGCGUGAGCAUUAAUUGUCGCUCAUUGUGGCACCUCAAGCAUGUCGCACCCUCGAUGAUGAGUUGUGUUGAACCCGCACAGCGAGCUGUGGCAGCUGCAGCGCCAUCUGGUGGAUCUCCCACCAGGCAGAGCCCAACCAUGUGCACAGCCAUUCAUUGCCGCCACCUGUUGUAACGGUUGCAAAGUGCAACAGUUGUGCCCGGUAACAGUUGCACAAGGUAACAGUUGCACAAGGUAACAGCUGCACAAGGUAACAGUUGCACGAGGUAACCAUUACACAGUGCAACAGUAGCGCCAUCUAGUGGAUCUCCCGCCAGGCAGAGCCCAACCAUGUGCACAGCCAUUCAUUGCUGCCACCUGUUGUAACGGUUGCAAAGUGCAACAGUUGUGCCCGGUAACAGUUGCACAAGGUAACAGCUGCACAAGGUAACAGCUGCACAAGGUAACAGUUGCACGAGGUAACCAUUACACAGUGCAACAGUGGCGUGGUGGUUAGUGCGCUUGCCUGCAAAGCUGCAACAUUGCCAGUGGGGCGGAAGUUUGAAUCCAAUGUGGCCACUUAUUUUUGUACUUGAUAUGAAGAUGACACAACUUCUAUGUUGAUGACGUAAAUUGCGCACCGUUUUUUUGCCACGGCUUUCUAAUGACCAUAGGUUGCACAAUGAGCCAAGUAAUGCUCUUGCAUUAACGUAAAGGAUUGAGUGACGGGCAAACUGAACAGCUAUUGGAUACUAUGCAUUGCUAGGUUCAUCGGCGUAUGGUGCUUAUUGCAAAAGACGGUGCUCAUAUAUUUCGUGGUUCCUUUUUCAUCAUGUUUUGUCCCACUUGCAAAAGAAAUUCAUGUGCAAUUUUUGUCGAUGUCCUGGAACAGCGCAACAGAUGAAACAAGCAGCCGUCGCUUGUCCCAAAUUUCGCGCUAUUCCUUUUCCAAGUCAUCACCAUCCCAACUACUAGCUCUUAUGCAGAAUUUCACUUUUACUAGUGAACAGGUGCGAAUUUGUACUGCUUUAGUAAAAUACAAAUAUGUGUAGUUGCCAACGAAUGUUGACCGGGCAAAGGUUCAACUAGUAAAACUGUACAUUCUUCUCUGUUGAGCUGUGCCACUUCUAAUUUUAUGGAUCACCUUGUCAGUAUAACCUUGUCACUUUGGAUCACCUUGUCAGAAGCGUAGGAUUUUAGUUAAAGGGACACUAAAUGCAAAUAUUAAGUCGACGUUGAUUGUUGAAAUAGCAAUCCAGAAACCUCGUAGUGCUACUUUUGUGCCAAGGAAGUGGUUAUUUUGAAAUACAAUCACGUUUUAGUAGUCCGCAUCGCGUUAGCGCAUUUCAAAUCACCCGCCUGAAAUCAGUCUUUCACACGUCACUGCUGCCAUGCCCAACGUUGCCCGCCUUUACUGCGUGGCGGCGUGCACCAUUCGGGCAUCCGGCAACAUCACAUGCAUGUGGCAUUUUGUCGAACUUUCUGUCAGAGCGACUUUCACGAGUGUGCAAAACACAUGCGGCAAUACGUGAUACCGAAACUACCACUGAGACGCGACCGCGUGAGCGAAGCAGGUCGCAGGGCGAAGCGCAUUUCGGCGAAAACGGAACUUUUGAACCACGUGCGCCGUUCCACAUGGCAACGCCAAAGGGGUUCUUUUUUCCAUGAAUCAAACAGAAACGAACAAGCAGCAUUUUAUUACGUCUCUUGAUGCACGGAAGGUUAUUUUUUUUAUUGCAGCUAGUUUGAUUAUUCGUGAUUAACUGUAGUCGGACUCUCUCACGUCAUCGAGAUCACUUCCAAAAUGUCCCACUUGUGGCGCUCAUCGUGUGAUACAUUUAGCUUAAUUUCUCGGUAGGUAGGGCACUGCUGUUGAAAAUAUUGCCGUUUUAGACGUCAUACAUUGAGCUUUCACUCUGACAUAAAUUAUUUGCCUUUAGUGUCCCUUUAAAGGCUGUAUAGGCAGGCUCCCUGAGAUUUGUUCUCUCUGCAUAUAUUGUGUCUCGUAAGCUUUUGUAACUGACCAUGCAGUCAUAGACAAUUUUAAUGUGAACAGGUUAGGACUGACUAAAAACACGUUUGUUUUUGCCGGUAGGUUUAAUGUUGGCAUGAUUACACCUUGCACACUCAGUGUGGUGCCCAAACCGUUGUCUGCAACUGCAUGAUUACCGAUGUGCAAUUGUGUUGUCGAGUUAACACUUGCGGAAGCUGUUUCACUUUGUCAUUUCUUGUUCACGUUUCAUUUUUUCAUGACUGCACAUAUGAAAAACAUGCUCGAGAGAGUUGUGGCCCAUCUGUUAGGAUACCCACGAUUCUGUAGCUAUGCUCGAACCUAAUGGUUACACAUACUGCAGAAUGGUGGUGCAAAAUAAUACGCAAACAUUGUACCAACCUUGUAUGUUGCCCUUGAGCACAGAUAAGGAUUGAAUUACAUAAAAGUACUCCAGGCCUGGACGGAACACACAGCGCAGUCAUUGUAAGCUGUAGGAGCGGCCUUCUAAGAGCUCGUCGUAAAUGCUUUCAGGGUGGUUACUGCAAGUACUGAUCGUAGAAAGAUUUCUGAGGAACUCCAUGUGGUCACAUGCAUCUGCACAAACAUCGACAACGCCAAAGAUGUGUUAAAGAUGCCACAGGCGUUUCCUGUGGGCAACUUUCACAUAGCGUUAUUUUUUUUAAGCAUAAACUUUCUUGUAAUUUCACGUAAGUGGCAUCGUAUAGCAUGCUGCUGCCAAAUACACCGGCAUUGCCUAAAGCAGUGCUGGUUGCAUCCAUAACAUACGAAGCCCUGAAUGUUCUUUCGUGCACCGAGGGCUGCGCGACAUUUUCUCGUGUAUUACACAGCUGUACGGCUGCAUGUAAUUAACUGUACAUACGUCUCAUGCACACCUACGGAAAAAAUCUUGCCUUGCCACGCACUGUUCUCAGAGGGACUGUUGCAUGCGACUCCCGCACGCGACUUAUUUUUCUUGAACUGAGAUCGAGCCUGGCAUAGUUUCGUAUGAUUCUUUUCGUGCCUCACACUUAGAACUUCGAAGUGGUUUCAUGCCGAUUUUAUCUAAAGUGGUAAAAGAAAAAAUAGAGAAGUAUUUGUUGAAGACUACAGUCAUUAUUUUGGCACAUUGGAUGGAACAGAACACCACCCCCCUGUUCUCUUCUAGUUUUGUACAUUUCUCUAUGACAAGUUUUCUCACUGUGUGCGAGUGUAAAUGUGUAUGUGUGUGUGUUCCAUGUGCUUGUUUUAAGAAACGAGCCUUCCGCGAGGGGAACAUGCCUCCCGAUGAGGCAAAUCGCAGUGCCACAAUCCCCGCAUGUUGUACAGAUUGCAGCGUGCGUUAUUUUUUAGAAUGCCACCUGUGGAGAUGUAUCAAAUUUGCAAAUUUGUUUUAUUGCUCUGUUGAGUGUGUUGUAAAAUACCGUAUACUAGUUGUACGUCACAUGUUGUGUUAAUUUAAGCCUGCCUAUGUUUUUCUUGUUACGCGAUGCUAGUUUCUAUUUUGUUCACGAAGGAACUGGGUUGUGCUGUGAAGUUCUGGGAGCAAACAUUGCGGCUUAAAGACUUGAUACAUGUAUUGAGGUUGCUAAGCACCUGGAGCAGAUGCGGCAGGCAAUCCCGAAUAAUGACGGGCAAUCUGCUGCUGUCACUAAAAUGGAAAGUUUACAAUCACUGCACACUGCGAGUUCUAACAAAUGGGGUGAAACGUGGGGGAUAACAAAGCAACUAGAGAAAAA